ACGCUAUUCCUCUAGAGGCUUGUUGACAAUGUCUUCCGCUACCGAAGAGUCUCUUUCUCAAGAAAUUUCUGAGCAGUCCACGCUCGUGGCGAAGCUCAAGACUGACAGCUCAGCCGUGGCUGCUCUGGAGGAGGCCAAAAAGAAACUUGCAGAACUGAAGAAGAAGUUAAAUCUUAUGAAGAAUGCUGCUAGUGGUGGAAAGGAUGCGAGUAAGAAGAAGGAGCGAUUACUGCUCAAAACCGCAAAGGGAACGAGAGACUACGGCCCAAGUGAAAUGUUCUGCCGAGAACAUGUCGAGCGUAUCGUGAAAGACUGCUUUAUAACAUACGGAGGAGGCCAACUCGACACACCUGUGUUCGAGCGAAAAGACAUCUUGACCGAUAAAUACGGAGAAGACGCAAAACUUAUCUUCGACCUUAUGGACCAGGGUGGAGAGCAAUUGUCAUUACGAUACGACCACACUGUUCCUUUGGCUCGAUAUCUUGCAAUGACGCUUGCGAACAACCCGCAGUCGAAAAUAUGGCAAGUCGGGAAAGUGUACCGAAGAGAUAAUCCUGUUAUGUCGAAAGGGCGUAUGAGGGAGUUUUCACAGGCGGAUUUUGAUAUCUCAGGAGUAUGGGAUACAAUGAUUCCAGAUGCCGAGAUUCUUAGUUUAGCUUGCACGAUUCUAACUCGAUUAGAUGUUGGCGAGUUCACCAUCAAAUUAAAUCACCGAAAAAUAUUAGAUGGUAUUUUUGAGGUAUGCGGAGUACCUUCAGAGAAGAUUCGCUCGAUUUCGUCGGCAGUGGACAAGUUAGACAAAUCACCGUGGAGCGAGGUCAAGAAGGAGAUGUGCGAGGAAAAGGGCUUAGAUCCCGCCGUAGCAGAUAAGAUCGGCGAAUACGUGAAGCUCAAAGGCGGCGAGGAACUAUUGGAUACUCUUCUUGGAGAUUCAGCACUCACGGCAAACGCAAGCGCCAAAGAAGGUCUUUCAGAAAUGUCGAUACUAUUCACGUUACUCAAAGCGUACAAUGUCAUGAACAAGAUCUCAUUUGAUAUGUCCUUGGCUCGUGGUCUUGACUACUACACUGGUAUCAUCUACGAAGCCAUCGUCGCCGCCUCUGCACCACCAGGCUUCAAAGCAGACGCAACUCUAGACGCCUCAGACGCCCCCUCCAAACCACAAAAGAAACCCUCCAAGAAAUCCAAAAGUGCAGCAGAAGAGGAAGAAGAAAUCGAUGAAUCUACCGUCGGCGUCGGUUCAAUCGCCGCAGGCGGGCGAUACGACAACCUCGUUGGUUCUCUAAUCGCAGCUGCUUCAGGUUCAGAUAAGAAAAACGCAGGAGUACCUUGUGUUGGUAUCUCGAUCGGUCUUGAUCGCAUUUUCGCGAUUUUGUACCCGAAGUGGAGGGAGAGGGGGAUGAGGCAGAAGGAGACGCUUGCGUAUGUUAUGGCUGCUGGGGAUGGUUUGUUGGAGGAGAGGAUUAGGUUGGUUACGGAGCUGAGGGAGGCAGGGCUUAAGGCGGACUUCCUCGCUAAGAAGAAACCCAAGUUACCAACACAAUUCGCUGCGGGUGAGAAAGACGAAGUACCGUUCGCGAUUAUUCUCGGCGACGAAGAGCUAAAAGCAGGGCUCGUCACUGUGAAAGAACAGAAAUGGGAAAUGAAGGAUGGGAAGAAGUCUAAGAUUGAAUCUGCGGACAAGGGAGUCAAAGUCAAACGUGCUGAGUUGAUCGAGUGGUUGAAGAGUAGUCAGGCGUAUAAGGAUUUUCAAGUAGGGAAUUGGUAGUGCAUGAGGUAGAGGAUGAGUAGACGUCGAUGUUAAAGUUAACUUGCUUUCUGAUUAGAUUUUUAUCUCUAUAUUCAUUGCACAUU